AUGAAGGUCUAUGAGCCAAACGCCCAACCCACCAAGUACAUAUGCGACAUCGAUUCAACCGUUGCCCAUAUACAAGAAAUGUUUCAAAAACUGUCCAAAAAUGAUUUCGGCAAAUACGUAAAAAACAUCAGCUGUUUUAAAUACAAAAAGGCACCUUCAGCCUUUUACAUCAAAGCUACGUCAAUGCAGAGCAAGAAAAGAUCUAAAUUCCAUUCCAAAACUGGCCACGUACACACGAACCUAACUAAAAAAAUAUUGAAUUGGAAUUGGAUACGUGAUAAAAGGUCUUCGCAACCAAAUAGUGAUGCUUAUGGUGAUUUUAUAAACGCAAAAGAUUUUGGCAAUGAUUAUUUUGAUGAUUUCGAUGAUGAAAGUAAAGGUUUCGAGGUUGAAAAUUUGAAAGGAAACCUACAGUAUGCCUUAAGGGAUGAAAAAGAAGACUAUGAUAAAUUGUAUUUGGAUGGCGAUGGCGUAUAUCGAAGGAGAGAAAAUGAAAGGAAAAAGAGGGGAGCUGUAGACAUGACUGAUGUAGUCAACGGCUUGAGGAAUUUGCCUCCUUUGCGACCAUUAAUUGAUGAAAUUUUCGUAAUACGUGGCGAUUCAACGACAAUUCAAUGCAAUGCGUCGGGUUUUCCUCUUUAUUCAUAUUCGAAUCUGUCCAAUUUCGACCAAUACACUUGGUCUGCUGAAAGGAAGGCCAUGCUACAGUACUCCAACACAAAACUCUUUGGGCCCACUAUUUCCAUAGUCAAUAUCCAACCCAGAAACUUUGGCACGUAUACCUGCUACAAGGAUAAGAGUGUUAUAAGAAGCGUCAAGCUGAAUGUCAUAGUGAUCCCCGACUUCAAUGUUGUCUUCACACCAUUGUACAAGUGCCAAAGCGAAUGUACUUAUGAGGACCUGAUGAACAUUCAAAAGUUGGGCCCAAUGAUGUCUAAGGCAAUGUGCAGCGGAGACGAUGAGCCUGAUUCAAUACGUAUCGAUGAACCGGUCUGCAUGUCGAAUAAGGAAAAUGAAAAUGUGCUAAAACCCACGGUGGUAAUGAAGUCAAGUCCUCAGCCAACGAUUGAAUGCAGUCCGGAGUGUCAAAGGGAUUUAAAGUGCUCGUUGGCUCUGCUCUGGGCUAGCAACGCGCCAUCUUUGGCAUUUGUUAAGGUUGUAAUUUUCUACGAUGAUUUUAACAAGACUUUAACGCCCUUGGAUACUUGUGAUUCAGACUUGACGACUGUUAUGGCAUUGAAGAAAAAGGAUUCGAACGGUCACCAUGAGUACAGGCGGCUGGUGCUCGACAUGGAGCCCGGUAACGUAGAUGUAGUGGUUACCUGCCCAGCUGGGUUCUACCUCCUGGCGGAUCAGAAGAUUUGUGCUGUGUGCCCGGCGGACACGUGCUCGCUGGCGGGCGAGAACACGUGCACCGCGUGCCCGCGCGGCACGCACGCUCCGCCCGGCUCCUGCGCCUGUCGUCUAGCAUUCGGUCCGCACAGACCAAAUGUUUUACUGUUGCCACCUCAUGCGAAAUGCGUCGAUCGUGUAGAGGCUACAUUGCGCGGUGACGUUCAGCAGUGGCAGUGGCAGUGGCAGGUGUGCGCGUGGCAGUGGUGCGUGGUGGUCUGUGGCGUGGUGUGCGGUGGCUGCGUUGCGCUUGCACUGAGCACCCGCCGCCUUCGGGGCCAGUGCGAGCCUCCAGCGACACUAAGCGUGCCGGGGUGCCUGAGCGCAGCGCAGACGCAAGGGCGCGUGCGACGCCCAUUGUCGCCGUCGCGGGUGCUCCUCGAACGAAUUUUCAAACGCUCUCCCUCAUCAUCUCGGGCUACUGAUUCUCAAGAGACAAGAUUCGGAAUGUGGAAAGAGAGGAAUGGACCUCCUCCGUUGCCGCCCAUUGAUUUUGAUUUAUGA